UUCUUCCAGCUCAACCCAAUUUCUCUUUGAAACCCUAGAAACACUGACGCUUCCUCUCCCGCUUCCUCUUCCUCACUCUCGUUCAGGAAUCCAAGCUACACGGAGCUUCAACUGCUCUUUUUCUCGGAGUGAUUUUUUCUGUCUGAAUAUUGCCUCGUUUCUCUCUCAACACGUAUUGAGAGAGAAUCUGGUAGAGAAGGUUGAAAACAUGGCGGAUGUAAUGUUGAUGAAUGAGAUAGAGGCGACAGCAGCGCGGCUGGGAAUCAAUCUCGCCCAUGUGGAUUGCGAUUCAAUCCGUCUUCCCCCUGGUGAUGACUUCGGCAUCGUUAGUGAUGACGAGGAUGUUUACCAAGAUGAGCAGCUGGAGUUUGAAUCUGGGUUUGGAAACAUUAUUGUUGUUGAUAAUCUUCCAGUUGUUCCGAAGGAAAAGUUUGAGAAGCUUGAAGGUGUUAUUCGUAAAAUUUAUAGUCAGAUUGGCCUCAUUAAAGACGAUGGCCUUUGGAUGCCUGUUGAUCCCGAAACUCAGAAAACUUUGGGUUACUGUUUCAUUGAGUAUAAUACUCCUCAGGAAGCUGAACUCGCGAGGGAGAAGACAAAUGGCUACAAAUUGGACAGAUCACAUAUUUUUGCUGUUAACAUGUUUGAUGAUUUUGACAAGUUCAAAGUUCCGGAUGAGUGGGCUCCCCCUGAAAUUAGACCAUAUACUCCUGGGGAAAAUCUGCAAAAGUGGUUGACUGAUGAAAAGGCUCGAGACCAGUUUGUGAUUCGUUCUGGUUCAGAUACUGAGGUUCUAUGGAAUGAUGCAAGACAUUUGAAGCCUGAGCCUGUUUACAAGCGUUCUUACUGGACAGAGAGCUUUGUGCAGUGGUCCCCUCUAGGGACCUAUUUGGCAACAGUUCAUAGACAAGGUGCUGCUGUUUGGGGUGGUGCUACGACCUUCAAUCGCUUGAUGCGAUAUGCUCAUCCUCAGGUUAAACUCAUUGAUUUUUCUCCUGGUGAGAAAUACUUGGUGACCUACAGCAGCCAUGAACCAAGUAAUCCUCGAGAUGCAAAUAAAGUUGUCAUUAAUAUCUUUGAUGUGAGAACUGGAAAAGUGAUGAGAGAUUUUCGUGGAAGUGCUGAUGAGUUUGCCAUUGGAGGAGCUGGAGGUGUUGCAGGCGUGUCUUGGCCUGUUUUCAGAUGGGGUGGUGGGAAAGAGGACAAGUAUUUUGCGAAAAUUGGAAAAAACAUGAUCUCAGUCUAUGACACUGAGACCUUUGGCCUUAUUGAAAAGAAAUCUUUGAAGGUUGAAAAUGUUAUGGAUUUUAGCUGGUCGCCAACUGAUCCCAUUUUUGCACUUUUUGUACCCGAACUUGGUGGUGGUAACCAGCCUGCAAGGGUGAGUCUUGUUCAAGUCCCUGGCAAAGAGGAACUAAGGCAGAAAAAUCUUUUUAGUGUUAGCGAUUGCAAAAUGUAUUGGCAGAGCAAUGGAGAAUAUCUUGCUGUGAAGGUGGAUCGCUAUACAAAAACAAAGAAGAGUACAUACACAGGAUUUGAACUUUUCCGGAUUAAAGAAAGGGACAUACCGAUUGAAGUGUUGGAGCUUGACAAUAAGAAUGAUAAGAUAAUUGCUUUUGCUUGGGAGCCCAAGGGUCACAGAUUUGCUGUUAUUCAUGGUGAUAGUCCAAGGCCUGAUGUAAGUUUCUACACUAUGCGAAGUGGUAACAAUAUGGUUCGGGUCUCGAAACUCACUACCCUAAAAGGCAAACAAGCAAAUGCUCUCUUCUGGUCACCUGCUGGUCGUUUCAUAAUCCUGGCAGGAUUGAAGGGCUUCAAUGGCCAGCUGGAAUUUUAUAACGUUGAUGAGCUGGAGACAAUGGCAACUGCCGAACAUUUUAUGGCAACAGAUAUCGAAUGGGAUCCGACUGGCAGGUAUGUAGCAACUUCAGUGACAUCAGUUCAUGAAAUGGAAAAUGGUUUCAACAUUUGGUCCUUCAAUGGCAAACUACUGUACAGGAUACUGAAGGAUCAUUUCUUCCAGUUUCUGUGGCGGCCUAGGCCUCCAUCUUUCUUGAGUGCAGAGAAAGAAGAAGAGAUUGCGAAGAACUUGAAGAAAUAUAGUAAGAAGUAUGAGGCAGAGGAUCAGGAUGUGUCGUUGCUUUUGAGCGAGCAGGAUCAUGAGAAGAGGAGAUUGUUGAAGGAAGAAUGGGACAAGUGGGUGAACGAGUGGAAACGGUUGCACGAAGAAGAAAAGCUAGAGAGGCAGAAAUUGAGGGAUGGAGAAGCGAGCGAUGAAGAAGAGGAGUACGAAGCAAAAGAAAUCGAGGUUGAGGAAUUAUUGGAUGUCUCUGAGGAGAUCCUUUCUUUCGAGUAGGGAAGAGUGAGUUUCGAGGAAUUUCAUUACCCAGGAAACAUUUGUUCAGUCUGAUAACUUAGUAUUUUGUUUGUAGGAAGCUUAAUCUUUUUACAUGUCCCAUCUUAAAGUUAAUAACUCUGAUCGUGGUGGAUCAAAUGUUCAAUUUUGUAAUGGUUGUAUUCUUUCUCUUUUCUUUCUUCUUUUCAAUUACAAUUCUAGAUUCAACAUCCAAAACAUUUUUGGAGCUUUCUUUAUUGGCUUAUACAAUAUUAGGUUAUGCUUGUAAAAAAA